UAUGGGUGUGUCUGUGUAUAGUGCCGUAUAUAUAGGGAUCGAACGCAGUGCUAUAGUACACGCACCUAUAACGCGUAGAUAAACACUCUCGAACGAGAUUCGAGCAUUGACCAAAACACUGCAGCUAUUUCGGGAUUGUUUUCAUCUCAGCUUGUAAACAUAUGCAAUUCGAGAGAUACCUUCAAAUACUUAGACGUGUCGUCACGGAAAAAGAGCUGUGCGCGAUUGCAAUAGCGAAAAGGGCGGCACCUGCUCCGAAAACAAAUCGGAGCGUGAAUUUAACCUCGAUGAAUUAAGACUCGGCCUCUUGUAAUAUAUUUAGACCGAAGGAUCUUGCGUGGAAUCAUGGCGAUCGUCGGCGAAUCACUCAAUCUCGAGAGAGAUAUCAAGAGGUCUAUCGAACUGUUGGACAAGUUGCAAAAGAAUCUUCAUUCUUUAACAGGCGGCGAGAUUCCGGUCACCAAACUAGCUGCGUUACAAAAAGUAUUACAAAGUGAUUUCUUCAGUGCUGUUCGAGAAGUCUACGAACACAUUUACGACACUGUGGAUAUUCAAGGAUCGCAAGAUGUCAGGGCAUCGGCAACUGCCAAAGCUACAGUGGCUGCAUUUGCUGCUAGCGAGGGUCAUGCCCAUCCCAGAGUUGUAGAAUUACCAAAGACUGAUGAAGGAUUGGGCUUCAAUGUCAUGGGAGGCAAGGAACAAAAUUCGCCUAUUUACAUAUCCAGAAUCAUUCCAGGAGGGGUCGCGGAUAGGCAUGGGGGCUUGAAGCGAGGAGAUCAGCUGUUGUCUGUCAAUGGAGUGUGUGUUGAAGGAGAAAACCACGAGAAAGCUGUAGAAUUGUUAAAGCAAGCCCAGAACUCUGUUAAACUAGUUGUAAGAUACACUCCAAGAGUAUUAGAGGAAAUGGAAUUGCGCUUUGACAAACAGAGAGCUGCUCGCAGGCGUCAGAAUCAAUAAGGAUCAACAACAGAAAAUUGCAUAUAGAAGAUUGUUAUUGUGAUGUCAAGAAAAUACCAGAGACCAUGCAAGUCCUUCACACAUACAAAUGUAUCUAUUCUGAACAAUCUUUGAAAAACCUGAUUGGCGCACUGGUCUCAGUGCCAUUCACCAUAGUGCUCGAAAACAUUCGUACCUAUAAAGUAUGAAAUGAUCUAUUUUUAAAAAUGUUUUUAAAAUUACUUCAGACAUCCCAUUAUUGCAGGAAACCGUUUAUAAACCAAUGUGAUGAUUCACUAAAUUUAUUUAUUGUAAAUCAUUUGUCCGCAAAUUAUUUUUCUCUUUAAGAAUAAAAGUAGUGUACCCAUAAAUGAG